AUGUAUCGUUAUUGUGUUGCUUGGCUUUUAACAGAGGGAAGUUCAAUUUUGAGUGGAAUUUCUUAUAAUGGAAAAGAUUUAAAUGGGGAUGAUAAAUGGAAUGGAACUAGAAAUAUUAAUAUUAUUAAAUGGGAAUUGGGAAGUGAUUUUCAAUCGGUUAUUGACUCUUUUAAUUGUUGUACUAAUGAAUUUGCUAAAAACCAUAUAUUCAAAAGACUUAAAUGGCUAGGCAAUAAAUAUUAUAGCCAUUUAAUUACACUUUUAUAUUUGGCGGUAUGGCAUGGAUAUCAUUUGGGUUAUUUUAUGUUAUUUGCUUUUGAAUUUAUGUGUAUGGUGGCUCAAGAACAGUUAUAUACAUUUAUUGCUUUUGGCCCUCCCCAAAUUCGUCAUUUAAUUAAUCUUUGGUGGGCAAAACCUCUUUGUUGGUUGUUUGGACGUUUAAAUAUUUGUGUUUCUAUGGCUUUUGCUUUUUUGACUUUUGGACUUGUUAAAAAGGAAAUUUGGAUUACUCCAUUAAAAUCAAUGUAUUUUUAUGGUUAUAUAAUUUAUUUUCUUGUCUGGCCAACUUUCUUUACAUUUGUAUUGCGUCCAUUAAUUAAAAAACCAAAAAUUUUGAAAGACGAACAAAAUGGUGUUAUAAUUAAAAAUUCUCCCGUUGCUACACAAAUUAAUGAAGAAAAGAAGGAAAAAUGAAAAAAAUUUGGUGGUAGAUGGUAAAAUAAAAUUUUAAAGAAGCAUUAAAAAUUUAUAUUAUUAAAAAAUAUGUCGGCGGGAAAAUAGAAGAGGAAAUUGGAAGGAUUUUUCAUCAAGGAUGUCCAUUUCGUCAGUAAUAUGGUUGCCAGAAUUGACCGACUCGGACCAAAAAGAUCGAGUCGGGCCUAAGAUAUUUGGCUCGCUAAUACUCGUAUG